AUCACCUCAGAAACCUUCCACACGGAUGCUAUUGUAGCCCUUACAGAAUAUAAAGAACAAAGAUUCCAGGGUGAUAAUAGCCGCGUUCUUCCCGGAGAAAGGCAUCAACGUGAUGUGUCAGGCGUACAGGCUAGGGAUGACUGGGCCCUCCUACACGUGGUUCUUACCGGGCUGGUUCACGAGCGGGUGGUGGAAUGUCACCUUCACAGAGUGCAACACUGAAGAGCUCCUAUUAUCUAUCCAGGGACAUCUCGCCUUCCAAGUUGUCUCCCUUGCUGACCCAGAAUCGCGAACAGACGUGGGAAAGAAUCCAAGAGAGUUCAUGACUGAACUUGAAGCCCGAACCUCUGUCGGAGAAUACGGUGGAAAGGAGUACGCCCCUUCCGGCUACGACGGGAUAUGGAUUCUUGCGCAUGGGCUGAACGCAUCCUUAGACAAGAUGGCGGAGCACGGUGAAGGAUGGGAAGAUUUCACAUACAGGCGGGCUGAUAUGAAGGAACUGUUGUUCAACGCUUUGGGCUCAGUGUCCUUUACAGGAAUAUCUGGGAAUAUUCAAUUUGAUGGUAACGGCUUGCGUUUAGGACAGACCAAAAUCCUACAAUUCAUCGAUGUUGAAUACAUCCACCUGUCUACGUUCGACCUGACCGAGGGCACCUUUCAAAACCAGAGUGAGAAUUAUAGAUGGAAAACCAUAAAUAGACUUGCCCCUCGUGAUGGCCCCGUGGUUUUGAGAGAACUCCGUGACGUCAGUGAUAUCCUGUCCUAUAUAAUGAUGACUCUGGCUUCCUUCGGGGUCCUCUUCGCGUGUUUCCUGUUAGGAAUCAACAUCAAAUUCAGACACCGGAAAAUUAUGAAAAUGUCCAGCCCCAAGGUGAAUUACCUGAUCUGUUCCGGAAGUGUCGUGUUGUAUACGUCAUCACUGCUCCACGGAGUGGAAACCAUUGACGACAGGGAGGAAGGCAGGCUCGCCGUGGUGUGCAUAAUGAAGUCCUGGUUUCUGAGUGUGGGGUUUACCACGAGUUAUGGCGCUUUGAUUGCUAAGGCCUGGAGAAUACACAAGAUUAUCACCUACGCGAAAUAUAAAAAACAGAAUAUCAAGGACUGGUUCCUCUAUUUAAUCAUCGCCAUUCUGUUGCUAUUUGAUGCCAUUAUCUUGGUCACGUGGCUGGUAGUGGAUCCUCUCCGAUAUCAGCUCGUCAACGGUACAAAAGAGGACCACGGGGAGGAUGUGUACGUCUCACCCUAUACCUACAAGUGUAGCUCGGAAAACUUCCUAUGGAUGGCCAUCCUGUUCAGUUACAACGGCCUGCUGAUGUUGUAUGGGGCUCUGAUCGCAUGGAACACGCGAAAGAUCAGCAUGACUCUACUGAACGACGCCAAAUCCAUCGCCAUGACGAUAUACACCAGCACGGUCCUGUCCAUCUUUGGGGUCCCCGUGUCCGUCCUGGUGGAAAGGGACCUUAACCUCAACUACGGAAUAUCCGAGUUCUGUAUCAUCUUCGCCACAACGAUACUCCUGGUAUUCUGCUUCGUACCAAAGGUGCGACUAGUGUUGGUGACGUCAGUAUCGGACGACAACGCCAUCAUGGCUACCUGUGGUACCAACCUGCCCCCAUCAAACGAGAGCUCUAGUAUGCAGACAACUUUAACAUUACAAAGACAACUGGAAGAGUGCAAGAAAACUAUCGAAGAACAACGAAAGCAGCUGAACAAAAGGCAAAGAGAAGGCCGAUUCUGAUGACUGAUAAAAGCUGUAUGUAUCAGUUUGUGAAAUAAACAUGUUUUAAAACAGACGUGUUAGAAUAUACAUGUGUAUUUAAUUGUGAAAGUACAAAAAA